AUGCGUGAAGCAGAUAUUAAAAAAAUAUACGUGAAAUUUUUCAUCGACGAUGGAUCGUCGACUAUUUCUUUACUUAUCGACGAAAGAUGGACGGUUGCUGAAUGUAUCCGUCGAAUCGCAAUGAAAUUGAGUGUGCCGCUGAGCGAACAUCAUGCUAUCGUUGAGGAAUAUCCCGAUCUUUAUAUCAAGAGGAUCUAUGAGGAUCAUGAGUAUUUGGUGGAAAAUAUUAUGAUGUGGACAUUGAAUUCUCAGAAUAAAUUAUAUUUCACUCGACGCUUGGAUAAAUAUUCGUUUCUGGAUCGACCGGAAGAGUUCCUGGUAACUCAGAAAAAUAUUGAUACAUUGAUGCAUGGUCCACCAUCACCGAACACAAAACGACAUGUUAUUAGGGAGUUUUUUGAUGGAGAUAAUGUACAACCACCGGAAAAAGAAGGUUGGUUAUUUCUAAAAUCAGAUGGUAAGAAAUCAUGGAAGAAAUAUUUCUUCGUACUUCGUUUAUCGGGUCUCUAUUAUUGUCCAAAAGGUAAAAGUCGUAAUUCGAAGGAUUUGCAAUGUUUAAUGAAUAUGCAAACUAAUCAAGUUUAUACGGCUAUCGAUUGGAAGAAGAAAUAUAAAGCACCAUCCAAUUAUGGUUUCGCAAUCAAACAUCCAAAAAUUCAAGUGAAAGCAUCAAAAUACAUCAAAUAUGUCUGUACCGAAGAUGCGUUAACGUUUCACAAAUGGAUGGUAGCUUUGAGGAUUGCAAAGAAUGGUCAAAAUUUAUACGAGAAUUACAUAGAGAUGAAGAAGCAACAACAACAAACAGAAUCGAAUGCAGUAAUUCAACCUGUAAAAGUUGGCAUUCCACAAAUUUCACUUGUUGAUUCCAACCGUGUAUCAUUCGUUGAAAUGCGAAAAUCCAACAUACAGCAAUGUCAGCAACAAGAUCCAUCGCCUCUACUAAAUUUGAAUCAUGAUUUACGAACUCCCAUCUCUUCCAGAUUAUCAACUGGAAUCAGUAAUGAUGGAAAUUCUUCACCUCGUCAAAAUAGUAUCAUUUUUGAUCAGUGUGAUGAUAUCAUAACGGGUACCAUAAAACGAGCACCAUGCGAUAUAAUGCUCGGUAGUAGACAAUCAACGAUGAAUGAUUAUCGAGGUUCUAGUGAUGGUAUUGCUUCACCGAGCGGUCGUAGUGGUGGUACCGCCGAAAGUGAUAGUGAUGAGGAGCAAUUCCCGCCACCUCCACCGAUUGUAGUUGCUACCAUUUCUCACGGGGAGGAUUCUCGUGAUGUAUAUAGUAAUCAAGACGAUACUCCUCCGGUAGUGGUACCAUCUUCAAAAACUACCUUUUCUCAACAGCAACAGCCAAGUACCAAUCAUAUGGCUAUAACGCGAUACCAUAAUGGAAUUUCAUCAGCUCAUGCUAACAACAAUGGUAACUAUGUACCAAACAUGAAACCUAUUAUGGCACCAGUACCACCAACAAAACCACAAUUUGUGAUAAAAAAUGGACGAAAUAGCAAUCAAAUGAUUUGCACUGAAAACGGUAUAACAACGGGUAAUAAUCAUCAUCAAUUGGGAACAUUUCCUUCUCAAACAUCAUUAACAUCACUACCCAAGAAGAUACCACCACCACCACCACCAAAACGCUCAGAUGCUACUAAACUUCAAUCGACGAAUGCUGAAGCUUUACAUUCAGAAUUGGAAAUAGCAAUGGCAAGGAGAUUGCAAAAAAUUGGACAACUUUAA